UUCCGCCUCCUCCAGGGUCUGGGGUGGCGGGAACUGUGGGCCGCGGGCCUGGGUCUUGCACGCAAGCAGACAAUAUAGGUCAUCCGUAGAAAACAUCUGAAGUUGUUCAGGACAAACACUGAAAAUAGCAAAAGAGAAGACAAUUUCAGGGGAAAUGGAAAUUUAACGUCGUUCAUUUAACAAAUUCCAUUUAACAGAACUGCUGAAAACCUACCCUGUGCCAGGUGUUGUCAGAGGCAAUAGAAGACAGCAGUGAACAGAAGAGGCAACAGCUCCUGCUCAUAUACAGCUGCAGCACGUGAUGUCUUCUGGCUUCAGUGUUUUUAGAGUUGACAUCUCUUUUGUCAUAAUGUGCAUUUUUUAUAAGUCAACUGAAGAUUCUCUGCCAGAAGUGAGUUCUCAGAAUUAUUUCAGUACAUUGCAACCAGGAAAAGCCUCUUUAGCUUAUUUUUGUCAAACUGAUUCUCCGAGUACCGCAGUAUUUCUUGAACAAUUGAAUGAGGCUGUUAGCCCUCUCCAGGACUAUGGGAUUUCAGUUGCAAAGGUUAAUUGUGUCAAAGAAGAAACAUCAAAAUAUUGUGGAAAUGAAAAGUAUUUGAUGAAAGCGUAUUUAUUCAGGGGCAACAUACUGCUCAGAGAAUUCCCUACUGACAGCUUAUUUGAUGUGAAUGCUAUUGUCGCCCAUGUUCUCUUUGCUCUUCUUUUUAAUGAAGUGAAAUAUAUUGCCACUCCAGAAGACCUUCAGAAUAUAGAAAAUACUCUGAAAGGAAAAGCAAACAUGAUUUUCUCAUACGUAAGAGCCAUUGGAACACCAGGUAGUACAAACAUUUUUUUUUGUAGCCUCUGCUAUGGUAAAAUGAUCACACAUAAACUUUAAGUAGAAAGUCUUUAAUUUUUAAUUUGCAGCUCUGAGAAUAUCGAACACGCACAUCUCUACUUUUCUCAUUGUGAACCUGUCCUGGACCUGGCUCAGCAGUGUAAAAGAACACGAAUGGAGCGGCCACUGACUACGCUGAACAUUCACAUGUUUGUUAAGACUAUGAAAGCACCUCUGUUGACUGAAGUUGCUGAAGAUCCUCAACAAGUUUCAACUCUUCAUCUCCAGCUGGGAUUACCACUGGUGUUUAUUGUCAGUCAACAGGCUACAUAUGAAGCUGACAGGAGAACCGCUGAGUGGGUUGCAUGGCGUCUCCUGGGGAAAGCGGGAGUGCUGCUCUUGCUAAGGGAUUCUUUGGAGGUGAGCAUUCCUCAGCAUGCUAACGUGGUCUUCAGAAAGGCAGCAAAGGAUGUUCCAGUGGAAUAUUUAGUUUUACAUGAUGUUGAUUCAAUAGUUUCCCAUGUGGAAAAUAAAAUAUAUGUUGAACAAGUACAAGAAGAUGAAGAUGAUGAUGUGGAAGACCUAGAUCUGGAUGUUCAAGAUGAUGAAGUGGAAGAAACUGUCUUCAGAGAUAGGAAGAGACAAUUACCUUUGGAGCUAACAGUGGAACUAACAGAAGAGACCUUUAAUGAGACAGUAAUGGCCUCUGACAGCUUAGUGCUCUUCUAUGCUGGUUGGCAUGCAGUAUCCAUGGCAUUUCUCCAAUCCUAUGUUGAUGUGGCAGCUAAAUUGAAAGGCACAUCCACUAUGCUUCUUACUAUAAUAAAUUGUGCAGAUUGGUCUGAUACAUGCACUAAGCAAAAUGUUACUGAAUUUCCUGUGGUAAAGAUGUACAAGGAAGGCGAGAACCCAGUGUCAUAUGAUGGUAUGUUAGGGACUGAAGCACUUUUAAAGUUUAUCCAACUCAACAGGAUUUCAUGUCCAGUAAACAUAGCCUCAAUCCAAGAAGCAGAAGAAUAUUUAAGUGGAGAAUUAUAUAAAGACCUGAUUGCCUAUUCUAAUGUGUCAGUACUGGGACUGUUUAAUCCAGCCAUGAUAACAGCAAAAGAAUAUUUCAUUGAAGCAGGAAACUACCUAAAAGGGCAUGCCAUUACUGGAAUUUACUCUGAAGAUGAUGUUUGGAUAUUGUCAAAUAAAUAUGCUGUAACUCUCCCAGCCCUGCUGCUUGCCAGACACAAAGAAGACAAAAUAGAAAGUAUUCCACUAGUUGGCUCUCAUGCACAAGACAUAGUUCAAAUAAUAACAAGCGCAUUACUGGAAACAUUUCCAGAAAUCACUGUGCAAAAUCUUCCCUCAUAUUUAAGACUUCAGAAGCCACUACUUAUUUUGUUUAGUGAUGGCAUCAUAAAUCCUCAGUAUAGAAAAGCAAUAUUGACACUAAUGGAACAAAAAUACUUGGAUUCACUUACUCCUUGCUGGUUAAAUUUAAAGAAUACUCCUGUGGGGAAAGGAGUCCUGCAGGCAUAUUUUGGUCCUUUGCCUACCCUCCCUGUUCUUGUUUUGGUGAAUCUUCAUUCAGAUGGCCAUGUAUUUGCAUUUCCUUCAGACCAGUCAAUAACUGAACACAGCCUUAUAUUGUGGCUUAAGAAACUAGAAGCAGGGCUAGAACAUCAUAUCACAACUUUAUCUGCUCAGAAGUGGAAGCCUCCUCUUCCAGCCUAUGAUUUUCUAAGUAUGAUGGAUGCUGAAACCUUGCAGCAGCAUCCCACCAAGAAAGUUCCUGAGUGUCUAAAAGAAGGAGAUGUGCUUGAUAGUGGUAAGGGACAUGAAGACAAAUCAGCAGUCAAAAAAGAGCCCACUGAAACACUGAGAAUAAAACAUUGGAAUAGAAAUAACUGGUUUAAAGAAACAGAAAAAUCACUUAGGCAUGAUAAAGAGUUAUGAACUAUUUACAAAGGGCUAUCCUUUUUCUAUUUGGCUUAAUUGAGAGACUCAAUAAUUUAUUUAUUAAGAACUAAUACUAAAUCACAUGAAGUUUCUAGACAAGUGCCCUUUAACAGCAUUACAAUGGAAGUUACAUACAUGAAUUUUUCAGGUAGCUAAAAAAAAAGUAUAAAAGAGCAGGUGAAAUAAAUUUGACCUAGUUAGUAUACCCCAAAUAAAUAAAGCUUUCAGGGAUUUACUUUUUCUUUUCUUAUUUUUUUCUUUUUACUACAUCUUCAAAAUACAGUGUAUAUUUGACAUAUACUUGCUGUUUCUUACUACAGAAUAGCUGUAUUUGAAAUGCUCAUUAACAUAUGGGUACGUGGCUGUUGUAUUAGACACCUCAUUUGAAGACAGAAGUUGAUGCAAUUAAUUUAACUUAGUUCUAGUCACAAUAUAUAUUUGUAUUAAAAUUGAAAUGUAAUGCUAGUUUAAAUCACAGUUGACUCUACAGUGGAGUCAAAUAGCUGGCAGUUAUAUUUGUUGUGAUUUUCAGUCCUUCCCUGCCCCGGGGGAUAUUUGAUUGGAUGACUGAGGAUGCUAUUGCAUCAAGUGGGUAGAGGCCAGUGCUGCCAAACAACCUAUACCAAGACAUCCCCUUACAGCAACGAAUUGUCUUGCCCCAAAUACAAGUACUGCUAAAGCUGAGUAACCCUGUGUUACUAACUUGUAGCAGAGGGGGUUCACCAAAUAAUCUGGAUCUGCUCCAUUCACAUAUUUGAAAAAAAUACUGAAUGUUAAAAAUAAAUAUUAGGUGGUUUAAUAGCAUAUAAACUAUCCUCUGGAUGUAACUUUACCUUAUUAAUUUUAAUAUUUUCAAAAGUUAUAACAUAUGCCCCCCAAAGGACUCAAGGUAAUAUUUUUAAAGAGAGUCUUAAACUGUUUCUGUAGGUUAUAUUGCUAAAUUUCAGGUGAACAGAAAUGAAAUUUUCUGCUGUUUGCUUACAAAAAGAGAGAUUCCCUUAUCUGAACAAUGUCUAAAAAUCUGUCUUUCCGUGUGAUCUUUAAACAAAUAAGUUUGGGGGCUGGGAAGUUGGCUCAGUGGUAGAGUGCUUGCUUU